UACUAAUCAGUGCCACCCAGCUAUGAGCUGAACAGCCUGUUAUCUCAGUAAACAACAAGGUACAAUACGUGAGUAACACAAACGGACAUGGCUCACGCUCACACGUUGUUCGUCUGUUGGAUUUUGAUUCACUUUUUUGAUGAAUCCCGGUGCUGGCAUGCAGUGGUGGUGAAGAGCUCGGUGUUUGCUCACGCUGGAUCAUCAGCUGAGCUUUCCUGCAGCUACAGCACACAAGUUUCUCAAGGCUUCACCCUGGAGUGGCGUUAUGCUGCACCCGGGACUCCUGCUGUGGAAGCAAAGAGGAUCUUGUACUUCAAUGGGAGACUAUACUGGGUGGACUCUUGGGAGGACAGAAUGAGUUUAGUGCAGAAUCCUCCGGUGUCUGGCGUCGCCUCUGUGACGAUCCACAGCGUCCAACCCAGUGAGAGCGGACUGUAUAUAUGUGACAUUACCAAUCCAAACGACUGGUCCGGAAGUGGGCAGGGUCUCAUCAAUCUGACGGUGCUGGUGGCUCCGUCGGUGCCUGUAUGUGAGCUGACUGGCCACACCUACGUGGGGGAUGAUGUCACUCUUACCUGCCACAGCUCCCAGGGGGUUCCUACACCUAUCUAUUCCUGGAGCCGAGAGCAAGACACAGCGCCUCUGCCCCCCCACAGCGUUGUAGCAGAUCAGCGCACUGGCUCUCUUCUCUUGUCCAACCUUUCUACUGUCUUUACUGGAACUUACACAUGCAAAGCUUCCAACGAUCUGGGUGAGGCUGCGUGCAGCAUUGCCGUGAAAGUGGCACACGGCAGCAGUGCAGCACUGGUUGCUGGAGUGCUGAUGGGACUUUUUCUCUUAGUCCUACUCGUUGCAGCGGCGGCUGUUUAUUUCUUCUUCUGCUACAAGAAAAGCUGCACAGAGAACAAACUCAGUAGGAAAGACGGCAAUUCUUCAAGGAAGCGCCAGUCAGCAGGUCCUCUGCUUUCAGCUCAUUUUGACGGGGAUCAGCCUCCGGAGCUCAGAGUCUCUCACCUCAGCCCACUGGUGUAAACAUGGACAUUUUAUUCAUGACAGACUCAUUGAUUCCAUCUUGGUGAUUUCUAAAUUCUUGAUCCUUAUUGUCACCGGGUGCAGAACAAGAGAAAAACACCUCACAAUAGCAGGUUAUUUUCUUCGCCUGCUUGGCUUAGGGUCUCGUUUUUGUCAUUUGCGAUGUUGGCGUUUUCGAUCAUACACUGGAUUUUUGUGUGUGCUAAACAGCUGGAUUAUAUGUUGACUGAUCUCUUAAAGAAACAUAGGAAUUAACUGGGAAUUACAAACCAAAAAACAACUUUGGGUACAAAAUGGAAACACAUCAGCUAUGUUAUUAUCAUAAGACAAUGAGUUACUCUAUGAAUUAUAAACUUUUCUACAGGAAAAUGCUUUUUAAUACAGUAUAGGAGGCAUAGUGGAUGACACUAUCAAGUAAAAAUGCAUCUAAA